AUGAAUUCGGCCGGCAUCCAAACCCUCUUGGAUGCAGAGAGGGAAGCACAAAAGAUAGUUCAAAGUGAUCGUACGAAACGCAUAAAAGACGCAAAGUCAGAAGCACAAAAGGAGAUCGAAGAGUACCGAAGGCAGAAAGAGGAGGAAUUCAAACGAUUCGAAGCUGAGCAUUCGAGCGGCAACAAGAAAGCGGAAGAUGACGCCGAUAAAGACGCGGAAGUCAAAUUGCAGGACAUUCACGCCGCCAGUAAAGCCAAAGGAGAACGUGUUGUUGAAGAUUUAAUCCACGCUGUUUUGAACGUGCAGCCCGAGGUCCCGGAGAAUCUGGCGGUAGGAGGACAGGCAUGA